AUGUCGUCCUCGUCGUCGCCGACUCCUAAGGCCACUGUCGAAGUCAAGUCUCCCAGCACUUGGUCGGUAUUCAAGGAUAACUUUCCCCUUAUAGUGAAGCUUGGUUCUGGUUUCUUCGCUGAUGCAUAUGAUAUGUUCGUAAUCGAUAUUGUAUUGUCCAUAUUGGGUGAGCUUCAAGAUAUUGAUGCUGAUGGCAUUGGCUUGGACGAGAGCACGAAGGGUCUCAUUGCUUCAGCUACUUCUAUUGGUGCUGUCGUUGGUAUGAUAUUCUUCGGUAUCAUUGGUGACGAAGUUGGUCGCCGUUUGGCAAUCCUCUGCACUGGGUCUCUUGUUGUCAUCGGAUCCAUAGCCUCAGCAUGUUGUCAAAGAUCAGAAGCUUUCCCUUUGGCGUAUCAGCUUUUCCUAUGCCGUUUGGUCCUUGGCUUUGGCAUUGGUGGUGAGUACCCGUUGUCGGCGGCAAUGGCAUCUGAGCGCUCCUCAGCGGCGGUUCGUGGUCGAGUAACUGCAGGAAUCUUCUCCAUGCAAGGUCUUGGUGCUGUUGUUGCUGCGGUGUUGCCACUGAUACUCCUUGCAUGUGGUGCUUCGCUUCAAGUGACUUGGAGAGUCCUCCUAGUCGUCGCUGUCAUUCCUAGUGCGUUCGCUCUGUAUUUGAGGUUCUCGUUGAAGGAAUCAGACAGUUUCAAGAAUGCUAAGAGUAAACGACACGGCAACAGCGUUGAUCGCGCUACUAAGUUCCUUAAGACGAUCUGGACACUCAUAUUGCCACUCCUCGGUACUUCCUUGUCCUGGUUGUUCAUGGACAUAACGUUUUACGGUACUGGUGAGUUCAAGCAUGUAGUGGCCAAUGAGCUGUUCCCUGGUGGCGAAGGUGUGAAGAAAGUGAUGAACGAUUCAUGGUUCGCCUUUGUGGUUUCUCUUGUGGGUCUUCCCGGGUAUAUCUGUGCCUGCAUUUUCAUUGACAAGCUCGGAAGGUGGAGGCUGCAGGUCCUCGGUUUUGUGAUGAUGAUAUUGUUCUAUUUGAUAAUGGGUGUAUGCUCACAGUUCAGCACCAACGCGUACUUGAAUCUGGUUAUAUUCUCCAUUACCUUUUUCUGGACCAAUUUCGGUCCAAACACUACCACCUUCAUCAUUCCAUCGGAGAUCUUCCCUAUUGAUGUCAAGAGUACUUGCCACGGUUUCUCUGCGUCUAUGGGCAAAGUUGGUGCUAUCAUUGGUGCAUACUGCUUCCCAACGUUGCAGGCGUCAUUGGGUCUAGGAGGUGUUAUGUACGUAUGUGCUGGUGUGGCUGCUUUGGGUUUGGCCUCGACCUUGAUAUUCCUCAAGAGGAAGCUACUUGAUGAUGCAUCUGAUGCUUCUGUUGAUGGUUAUUCAACUGAUAAUUCUGUUGUCGAGCUCAAGGUCUCCGCUGCCUAAGGUGUAGAGGAGGAAGUGUUCAGAGUGGGCGAAACUGUGAAG